AUGGAGCAGUGUCAGUAUGAAAUGGAACAACUUCAACUUGAUAUCAGCAAUGACCAUCUCGAUUGCUCAGGCUCAGGCUCAGAGAGUGAUAGCACAGUCGGACCAUCUCCACGACGUUCGUCCACUCGAAGCAACCCAUUCGACAUCGAAUUGCCUGACGACUUUGCUCCUCGCUCACUAGAAUGGUUUCUCAGUCCUCGCCCUGACCCCAAAAAACCAAUUAGCAUGUUCUGGUCUGACCCUGCUGGUUACUACGCUCCUCCUACUUCAUCACCAGUUACAGAGAUAAACGAUGAACAGUCAGAGCCAGGAAACGUAAAAUUGGGCACAAUGGGCAGUCUGGAGCAGUGGUUUGUCCCUCGUCGCAGAGCUAAGACUGAUAGGCCAAAUUGGACUAUCGGGGCACCGCUGCCUGAUUUGGCCUUUCGACGAGUUUCCCUCAAUGCUAGUGAUGUUUCUCAAUUUCAACUCGCUCGCCCGCCAACCCCCCCUCGCAAGCGCUCUCGAUACCCAGACACGAUGAGCAACAAGCCAUUGCCCCCGCUUCCUCCUCGACGCUUUGUGUCAGAAGGUAAUGCGCCAUUGCUUUCUGCUCAUCCUCGAUCUCGAAGCAUCCCAGAGUUUGCUCUGAGUCGCUGGAGUGAGAGUUCUGAGUCUGACAACGCCCCUGAGGAAAAGGCUCAGUCAGUCGCUGAUUCUCAUCUGGAAGCCCCUCAAGAGUCAGAAGUCAGAGCUCCAGAAGCUAUGAACGGUGAAUCUGUUGUUGAAAAUACUCUUUCCACUGGUCCUCAUCUCCUUGUCCGUCUGAACCAGUAUCAGGAGAACCAGAUGGCAGCUGUCACUCAGAUGGAAAACACUUUGUCCAAUCCUCACAUCCCAGACGCUCUUCGUGAAAAGUUCAUGGGUUGGUCUCAGCAGCUAAUUGACCUCGACUGCCCUUUUCGCGUCAAAGUUCAGCCUGGUGUCCUUGAAGAAGUCAAGGUGACUGAAAAGGAUGCUCAUCGUGUUGUUGACUGGGCCAUCGAAGUUGGGACCGAGACCAACUCCAUCCAUGAUCAGAUCAACACCUAUAUGAAUGCAGCUGACUUGGUCAUUUGUGAUUUGAGAGAGAUGUCUGCUGGAGUCAAUAUGCACAACGGUUCUCUUUUGCCUGUCGAGGAGUUGUACCACAAAAUGACCGACAUCGUGCGCAAGAGGUGUCGCGCCCCACGACUUCACGAAGUCUUGCUGCUUCGAAGCUUUCUGAAUCUCUACGAGCACCUCCUCUACACUCCCUUCCAGAAAGUCAAGGACCGCGUCAAGGUCGUCCACGACACUUACCCACACAACCCUGUGUCCAUUGCACUCAACAUCGACACUCCUCUCUCCCUGCUCAAGCGUGUCCUCGACGCAGCCUACAUUGCACAUGGCGAGUACACGGCUCUUACUCAUCGUAUGCGUCAGGAGUUCUUCGUACCUAUCGAGGAGCGUAUUCCGGGCGUCAGCUCGCGUACUGAUGGGUACUUGAACAAUGUUGUUGGUCCUGCCAAUGUUAUUUGA